AGCUCAUUCCGGCCGGAUCCCGAAUUCGCACGCACGCAAACAAAUUCGGGUCUCUUCUUGCCCCCCAAUUCAAUCGCGCUCUCCUCCCUUCUCCUCCAAGCUUCUCCCACCGCCGCCGCCGCCGCCGCCCACAGGAGUAAUUGAGGGAGGGAGGGAGGGAGAAGGCGACGUCGCCGGGGCGCCGGCCACGGCCCACGGCACGGCGGCGGGGCGGCCUCGUCUCUCGGAUGCUCUUCUCCUACCAAGGUGUGCCAUUGAGGGGUCACAUGGAUAUCCGCGGUGGUUAGAAGUCCCACAUAUAUAGGCAUUGUUGCAAUUGUAGAUUGAUUUAUUUAUUAACCAUUCAUGUUGAGGGCAAAGCAACUCAGCACUCUAUCCCAGUGUGCACGGUCCUUCUAUCUUAGUGGGUCGAGAUGUGGUAGUGCCGAUGGAGCUUCGUGCACAUGCCCUGAGGAUGACACUAGUGGUUCAAAGAGGCAGUCUGUGAGUGGUAAUGAACAAAAGUUUCAGUCGCCCUGCAGAUCUUCUGCGAAGGCUCAGCCUCCUCCUGCACAGCAUAUUGGUGGUGCUACUGGAUACCUGCCUCAAGCUGUUCAUGUUAGUCCUUCCACCUCAUCUCCAGACAAGGAGCCAGCAUCUAGCAACAGAAGAAACCCUCCUAGUAAUCAUCAAGUUCUAGGAAAUAAUUAUGUACAGCCAUCUAAGCAGACUGCCAAGACCAUUUCUCAGUCUGGAAUUGCAGGAGCUGGUGUAUAUUCUGAAUUGGUAAAUCUGAAAUCGUCCUCAAAUAAUGGAAGCAUUAAGCAAGCUCCACAGGCUGGUGCCAACUAUUCUACCAAGCCCUUAUCUGGUGGCCAGCAGUCUAAUAACAAAGCACAUAAUCAGCAUAGCUAUGCAGAGGCAAAUAUGCCUUGUGCCCCUUCCAUGCAAAAUGAUUUUGGGAAGGGGGUCUCAAGAUCUGGAUAUGCAAAGUCAAAGCAGAAUUUCUCAGGGCCAUCUGCUGUAUUGUCUAGUUCACAGUCACAAGUAAGGAAUCAAAGACACCCUGGUCAGAUCCAAGCAAGUCACCAUUCUAAUAGUCCUAAUUCAGAUGGCAGGUGGGCUGGAGUUCAAACUCGAAACUUCUCAGCUCCAGCUGUUUAUAAUGGUCCGUGUGACAAACCUCAGGGUCCUGUAGGUCAGGGCCCUAUGGGAACAAUAAAAACCCAUGGUGGAGGACAGGGGUCUAACUUAAAAUCAUUGAAGUCAUUGCGGACAGUUGAACAGUAUUACCAUACCCUGCAGCAAAUGAAAUGGGGUCCCAUGACUGAACAUGUUCUGGAUAAUCUCCAUUGCAAGAUAGAUGCAUUCCAGGCUAAUCAAGUACUGAAGCUGCUUCGUGACCACAAUAUUGCGCUUGGUUUCUUUGAUUGGUUGAAGCGGCAACCAGGGUUCAAGCAUGAUGGUCAUACCUAUACGACCAUGAUAGGUAUCCUUGGACAGGCCAGGCAGUUUGGUACAAUGAGAAAACUUCUUGAUGAGAUGAACACAGUUCACUGCAAGCCAACGGUGGUAACCUACAACAGAUUAAUACAUGCAUAUGGUCGUGCAAAUUACCUAAGGGAGGCUGUUAAAGUAUUUGAGGAAAUGGAGGAAUCUGGCUAUGAGCCUGAUCGGGUAACGUAUUGUACAUUGAUUGAUAUCCAUGCUAAAGCAGGUUAUCUGGAUGUAGCAAUGGAUUUGUAUGGCAGGAUGCAACAAGUUGGCUUGUCACCAGAUACUUUCACUUACAGUGCCAUGGUUAAUUGCCUUGGCAAAGGUGGUCAGUUGGCAGCUGCUUAUAAGCUCUUCUGCGAGAUGAUUGAAAAUGGCUGUACACCUAACCUUGUUACUUAUAACAUAAUAAUUGCGCUGCAAGCGAAAGCAAGAAAUUACGACAAUGUCGUGAAGCUGUAUAGAGACAUGCAGGUUGCUGGGUUUCGUCCCGACAAGAUAACAUACAGCAUUGUCAUGGAAGUUCUUGGUCACUGCGGCCAUCUGGAUGAGGCCGAGGCUGUCUUCCUUGAGAUGAGGCGCGACUGGGCUCCUGAUGAACCUGUAUAUGGUCUUUUGGUGGACCUCUGGGGCAAAGCUGGCAAUGUCGACAAGGCGCUAGGAUGGUACCAUGCAAUGCUUCAGGACGGUCUGCAGCCUAACGUGCCCACCUGCAACUCCCUCCUGAGUGCUUUCCUCAAGAUAAACAGGUUUCAGGAUGCCUACAGCGUGCUCCAGAACAUGCUUGCUCAGGGACUUGUUCCGUCUCUGCAGACAUACACCUUGCUGCUCAGCUGCUGUACGGAUUCCCAUGCACAGAUGGGUUUAUGCUGCCAGCUCAUGGCAACCACUGGACAUCCGGCCCACAUGUUCUUGCUGUAUUUGCCUGAUGCGGAACCUGGUGGCCAGAAUGUGCAGGACCACACCAGGUAUUUUCUAGACAUGAUGCACAGUGAGGACAGGGAGAGCAAAAGGGGCUUAAUGGACGCCGUGAUAGACUUCUUGCAUAAGUCCGGCCUCAAGGAGGAGGCCGGCCUCAUAUGGGAGGUGGCCGCCCAGAAGAAUGUGUACCCGGACUCGGUGAUAGAGAAGAGCUCGUCCUAUUGGCUCAUCAACCUCCACCUGAUGUCGGAGGGCACCGCCGUGACCGCACUGUCCAGGACACUUGCUUGGUUCCACAGGCAGAUUACCGUCAUGGGGUCCUGCCCUGAACGGAUCGACAUCGUCACCGGCUGGGGAAGGCGGAGCAGGGUCACCGGGUCGUCCUUGGUUAGACAGUCGAUCGAGAAGCUCCUGCAUCUCUUCCAGUUCCCGCUCUUCACUGCCCGCGGCAACACUGGCUGCUUCAUCGGAUGCGGCGAGCCGCUCAAUCAAUGGCUGCACAAUCCGUACGUUGAGCGCAUGCAUUUGCUGUAGUGGCUGCUGCUGCUAGGUUAUCAAGUCAGUAAUAAACGAAACAGGUGCAGUUUUGUGGAACAGUCAUCAGUUUGGAUGGAGCACCUGUUUCUAGUUUCGUCUUAGCGUGUGUGUGCGUUGUGUCAAGGGUAGGGAUGGUCGAACUUUUCUUAUGUUUUGAAACUUAUUUAUUUGUGGGAAUGAUCUAGAGAUUGCAUCGUCAUAUUCUGAAUUAGCAAUGAGAAUUAUUUUAUGA